GAGCAUAUCCGGAGAUACAUGUUGCACAAGAUUCACUUGGAAUGGGGAUAAAACACAAGGAAAUCACAACCGAUGCGUUUGUAAUACUUGCUGCAAAGGAUUCUCCAAUCCCUUGGAUUAAACAUCUUGCUGCAGAUGAUAGACGUUUGCAGGAAGUACAAAAAGUUAAAGAAGACUUUGCAGAAUUAGCUGAGAGUGUUUGUAUUGCUCAUAGAAAAAUCCGAGAAGGUAAAGAAAUGUAUGCAAAAUUUAAGAAAAAGAUGGCUCAAAGAAGGAGGCUCAUUUGAGACAUCUCGACUAAAAGGCCCGAAAAGCGCGACAUUAGGUUUGUAUAAUUGCAUCUGAUUUCUGAUGAUUGUAAUAAUAAAGAAGUAUAUUUGAUGUGUAAGAAAAAAAUUUUAAUUAAGAAAAAAUAUUUUAUAAAAAAUCAAAUAAAAUAACAUACGAGCAACG